AUGGUCGAAAUCUCCUAUCGAUUCACAUUUCUGGACGUGCUCUGUGAGGAUGAGGAGCGCGCCCAGGAUACCCGCGCCGGACGUGCACUCAGCGAGCCCCCGAUCAGUCACGGGCACUCAUGGCGGAGCCCUGAAGAGGCAGAACUGUUCACCUACGUGCGAUCUCUGCCCAUCGGAAUUUCGGAACAGGCUCCAGAUGCGACCCACCGCGCAUGGGAGCCAAGCGAACAACCACACCCGGAGUCGAUCACAGGUGAGGGCUCCGAUCUCAAUGUGGGAAGCUUGGGCCACCCAGUGCUCUGCAAGCGCCCCUGCAUGCACGUAGCUGCGGGGCGGCAGUGCGAGGCCGGUGCCGCAUGCGACUUCUGCCACUUGUGUGAUGGCCAGAGCAUGAGGUUGGACAAGCAGCAGCGCCGCAUGGUUGCUGACAUGCCCAAGGCCACAUUUCUCCAUGCAGCCCUGCAGCUGCUCCAGGACAAGGCGCGCAAUGCCCAUCUCUGUGGCCCAGAGGCCAUUUUCAACAUUCUUGAGGAUGAGCUGAGGUCCGGGAACCAGAGUCGCCUUCAUCCACCCGCUGAACUUCCGCGGCGCCUACUCCGCGGGUUGCGACACGCAAAUUUCACCGCAGUUGCCAGCCUGGCUGCGCAGAAGUGCUCGGAGGACGGCAGGACGCAGAUGUAUGAGGCUUUGCAGGAAUUGCGGACUGCCUGCUGA